GCCAGUGGAGUAGAACCGUGAAGGGGGUUUUGGUGUCUCAGGAUCCCAUGUCAAACUUUAGGAUUUGUAAUUCAACAAUAUAUUUUAACGGGCUCAUAUACUUGAUCAAAGCCUUCACCUUUCAAGGAGGACUUGGAAGAUUAAGCUUAACAGCCAUGCUUCAACCAAGGCGUGUGGUGGUGACGGGUCUGGGUUUGGUGACAUGUCUGGGCUGUGGCACGGCACAUGUGUGGGAGAGGGUCAUCAAAGGUCACUGUGGCCUGACUAAACUGGAUGGCAAAGAAUUUGCAGGUAUUCCCAGUCAGGUGGCAGGACGCGUGCCCAUAGGAAGUGGUCCAGGAGAACUGAACGUGGAGGAUAUUGCUUCCUCUAGAGAAAGGAGAUCCAUGGCACAAGCUACAUUGUAUGCUCUAGCAGCAGCUAGUGAGGCCCUGGCAGAUGCCAACUGGAAACCAGAGACUGACAAGGAAAGGCAGAGAACAGGGGUAGCUGUCGGCGUUGGAAUGGUUUCAAUGGAAGAAAUACAUGAGGCUGGAGCUUUACUUUCAGAUGGCAAAUACAGCAAAAUAAAACCUCACUUUAUACCCAGAAUCUUGGUUAAUAUGAGUGCUGGACACAUUAGUUUGAGGCAUGGCUUGAAGGGCCCAAAUCAUGCGGUGUCCACAGCAUGUUCUACUGGACUCCAUGCCCUGGGGGAUGCUUCCAGGUUUAUACAGUAUGGGGAUGCUGAUGUAAUGGUGUGUGGGGGGACAGAGGCAUCUCUGUAUCCCCUAGCUGUAGCAGGGUUUGCCAAAAUGAGAGCACUGAGCACCAACUUCAAUGACACACCUGCUAAAGCCUCGAGGCCAUUUGACAAAUCACGUGAUGGUUUUGUAAUGUCGGAGGGUGCUGGUAUUGUGGUUUUAGAAGACUAUGAACAUGCGGUUAACCGAGGAGCUAAAAUGUAUGCUGAAGUACUUGGAUAUGGAUUAUCUGGGGAUGCUUACCACAUUUCUUCACCUUCCGAAGAUGGGACUGGUGCACGCAGCUGCAUGGGAAAUGCAAUAAAGAAUGCUUAUCUCACACCAAAAGAUGUGACAUACAUUAAUGCUCAUGCUACUUCAACUCCUCUUGGCGACGCAGUUGAAGCACGGGCCAUUUCAGAACUAUUUGGACCUGAAUGUCAGCACCUCUCGGUUUCAUCUUCCAAAGGUGCUAUUGGACAUUUACUUGGAGCAGCAGGAAGUGUUGAAGCAAUUUUAACCAUAUUGGCAAUUAACAAAGGAAUACUUCCCCCUACACUGAAUCUCGAAGACCCAGAACCAGUGGGGACUUUUAACCAUAUCAGAGAAUCUCAAGACUGGAAACAAGGUCCAGGUCGUAGAAUAGCACUUACAAAUUCUUUUGGGUUUGGUGGAACAAAUUGUAGCCUAUGCUUGGGCGAACUUGUAUAAUAUACAUUAUAAAUUCAAAUUGCAAA